CUUCAGAUCCCCAGGCCCAGGUACCCUCCUGGGUCUAGAGGAGAGUGGCUUGCUGCCUCUCCCCUCCCUCAGGUGUGCUGGUAGAGGGAGCUGGGCCACUCCUAUACCCUGAGUCACGACGGCGGGCCAGGUAGAGCUGGAGCUCUUCCUGCCAGGAGCUGAGAGCCAAGGCAGGCUGCUUAAUCGGAUUACCUGAGGCCUGGGGCUUGGGCUGGGCCUUGGGCAGAGUGGGGAGCAGGGUUCCCUCGCCCACAGCCCUGAGACCUGGGUGUCCAGCCCUCAUUCCUCCUGCUUCUCUGCUCUGGAUCCAGGCUUUUUUCUCCAGCAUCCACGUCACUGACCUCUCAGCCUCAGGAGUCGUCCCUGCCUCCCUAAUUCUGAGGUUUGGAGAUAAAAUGUGCAGUGGAAAAACCUGGGUUUGGGGGCUGUGGCUGGGAGGGUUUAAAUUUUCUCACCUGGAAAGGGCUGCAAUUGCCAACCCAAGCACCUGCUGGGAUGACUCAGGAAACAGAAAUGGCCUGCCUACCUCCUGACCGCCUGGCUAUUUUGCCCCGGGGCACAGGUCAGGGGUUUGAGAAGCAGUAGGCCUCUGAGAAGGGGUGGGAGUGGGGGUGGGGUGUUUCACCUUCCUCCCAGCACAACUCUGACCCUGAGGGCUUUUGAUCCCCUGGAGCUUGAUCCCUUUGUGCAAAGGCAUUGACUUUAAUUUGCCAGUGCUUAAGAAGGGAGGGGAAGCUGUUCGAGCUCCCGGGGCUGGAAGGUCUGACUUCUGGGUCUUGGGUGGGGAGGGGGCGGGGUGCCCUAAGGGGGAGCGUUGGGGGCUGGGAGGAACGGGACACCUGGGUUCGCCUAAGGGAGGGGGAUGUUGGCGCCCUCGAGGAGGCGCGGCCCACUGGGAGGGAGUGGGGAGGAGUCAGUCGUUAAAAGCUGUUCCCGGCUCUGGCCCACCCGCCAGCCACAGAAGCUGCGGCCAGGUGAGCGAGGCCUUAGGUACCCGGGCUGCGCCGCCUGGCAGCUGCGGGACUCCAGAGACGAGAGCGUGAGCGCUUGCCGCCUCCACCGAGCCCCGGGCCGGUGGCCAGCAGCGGGUACGGGGAGCGGGACAGGUCGGGGACCUCGCGGCAAGCAGGAGAGGAGAGCAUAACCUGGCCCGGACAGGGUACCAAGAGCGGAUUUCGCGCCCGACUCCCCAAACGUGCCGGAUUGGUUGGGAGCAGGAGCGCCAUUACAAGGACUCUGAACUUGGGGACGACAUAUACUUUUAAGGACACGAGUUUCUCUGUAACGACUCCGGGCUAGGAAGGCACUUCGGGUUUGGGGAUCAACGAUUCACUUUGGAGGCGAGGGCGUGUAGGACGCCCUCUUAAGGCUUCCCUCCACCCUCCCAUGGCGCUACCCGGCUCCUCUCAGGAUCAGGCCUGGAGCCUGGAGCCUCCCACUCCCGCGGCCCCGACCUCCGCAUCCUCGGGCUCCCAGGAGCGGGAGGGCGCCGGGAGCCCAGUGGUCUCCGGGGGGCUUCCCUUGGAGAAGGUGAAGCGGCCCAUGAACGCGUUCAUGGUGUGGAGCUCCGCCCAGCGCCGCCAGAUGGCGCAGCAGAACCCGAAGAUGCACAACUCCGAGAUCUCCAAGCGCCUGGGCGCGCAGUGGAAGCUGCUGGGCGAGGACGAGAAGCGGCCCUUCGUGGAGGAGGCUAAGCGGCUCCGGGCCCGGCACCUGCGCGACUACCCCGACUACAAGUACCGGCCCCGGCGCAAGACCAAGACCUCGGGGGCCGGGUCAGCCCACUUCGGCCAGGGAAGCAGCGGUGUGGCUGGCGGCGGGCCGGUCUGGGGGCCCGGGUACGCGACUAACCAGGGGAGCAGAGGCUUUGGGUACCAGCCCCCCAACUACUCGACAGCCUACCUGCCUGGCGGUUACGGCUCUUCCCACUGUAAACCGGAGGCCCCUUCGCCGUGCUCCCUCCCUCAGAGUAACCCCAGGCUCCAGGGUGAGCUGCUUCCCCCCUACAGCCCUUACCCACCCCCAGGCUCUCCCACUUUGUAUAACCCUCCCCUCUCAGGGGCCCCUAUGCCUCUAACCCACCUCUAACCCUCAUGGACAGAAAUGAACCUCCCAGAAAGGUUUCCACCCUCUUCACCCAGAACCACCUCCCCCCAUUCCCAGGUUGCAACCUCUUUGUAACUGGUGGGCCACAGUUCAGAGGAAAUGGGCAGUCCCCCCCAAGCCCCUGAAAGCCAGGGGGACCAACACUUCUAUUUUUUUGUAGGCUGAACACAGUUUUAUACGAUUAAACCAUGUCUCUGGGUC